GCUGUCAAAUUUUAUGGCUUCCUUGGUCAACCGAUCUUUUUUGGUUUUUUUGGACCUCUUUUAACAAUUUGAUGAUACUGCAAAAAGGAUCGUAUAUCUAGUUGAUUACAACAAUGUCUUUCUCUUUUGGGACACCUUCUAGUGCCCCAGCAACAACUGGGCUUGGAGGAGGAGGCUUCAGUUUUGGCGCGGCUAAACCAGCAACCCCCGGAUUCGGUUUAACCGCGACGUCGCAGCCAUCAACUGGUCUUUUUGGAUCAACGCCUGCGACCUCAGCGCCUGCAUUCGGCACCACCACUACACCAGCGUUUGGCGCCGCUAAUACGUCAUUUGGCGGGGCUAACACGUCAUUUGGCGCUGCUAACACCUCAUUUGGCGCUGCUAACACUUCGUUUGGCGCCACUUCAACUGCACCGGCCUUUGGGGCGACUACUACUCCUAGUUUUGGAGCUACACCUGCCUUCGGAGGUGCCCCAACCUUUGGGGCUGCUUCAGCUGCACCUACAUUCGGGGCGACAUCGGCUCCAACCUUUGGAUCAACUACAACUCCGGCCUUUGGUGCCACUACCACACCAGCGUUCGGCACGACAAGCACUCCUGCAUUUGGGGCCACGGGGCUUGGCACCGGUGGCCUUAACUUUGGAAGCGCCAGCACUUCUACAGCCGCUGUGCCAACUUUCGGAGCGACAACCACCACAGCGGCCGCUACUGGGCUCGGUGGACUGGGUGGCUUUAGUUUUGGGGGCACAACUGCCUCUACAGGGCUUUGGGGUGCCACUAGCUCUGCCACAACAUCGUCAAGUCUAUUUGGUACAAAAUUAGGAACAACCACUGUGACCGGUACACAACCUUCGACAUUAGGCUCCACUAGUCUUGGAUUGGGUGGCGUAGCGCCCUCUACUGGGACUGGAAAUGCAGCAGAUGUCAAAACUGAACCACCAAAGCAGCAGAAGCUUCCAAAUGAAAUAUCCACCACCAUAGACACAUUCAAGGAGUUUGUCAAGAAACAGAAGUCCUUGAGUUCUGAUGUCAUGAGGGUCUCCAUCAAACCAUUGCACAAGGUGGCUCGCGAAGCAGAGUCCACUCUCAGGCUGGCGCUAUCUUUAAGUGGAGAGGUCAGUAGAGCGCGGGCUCACUCGCGGAGGCUCCGCUCCGCCGCCGCCGCAGCCCUAGCGGCUGCCGAGGGCGCUGCGAGGGAAGCGGCACAACCAGGUUAA